ACGGAGCUCAGACAUCCAAGGCACCAAUCCCCCCGCCAGCAUCAUUCUGGUUCUCGCGUYCGUCCUGUGUUCAUCUCCGUCACUCGUCUCGUGGUGCUGGUUGUUUUUAAUUAUCAAUUUUUUUUUGUCAUUUAUACAUUUUUAAAUUUAUUAUCAUAUUCAAUUCCGUUUUGAGCUUAUCGCACUCUUCGCGAACUAACAGUUGGUGUGGUUUUUAAUUUUUAUUACAAWAAUAUUCUUGUCAAAGUGAGCGUGUGAACGCCGCAAACCGAAAUGCAGCUGCUGCACUCCUCAAGAACAAUAUUCGUCUGAUAGCAAGAAACGAGAACGCGGAUAACGUCUAGGGCCCAUUGUGUCUUCGUUUUCAAUCAUGUUGCUGAAACGAGAUUUGGGCGGUGCAUUAACCAUCGGAUUAGGAAUAGCAACAGUUGCUGCUAAAUCAGUCCAUGGAUUGACGUGUUAUUGCGAACACCAAUGUCCAGACGGCCAGACAAAUGGAACAUGUGUAACUUCACGCUAUUCCCAAUGCUUUAGUGCUGUGCGUGAAGAAAUUAACGACGAAACUGGCGAAUAUGAACCAACAGUAUCUUAUGGGUGUCUUGCAGCUGGUGAACAAGGCUUCCUACAAUGCAAAGGUGGCAAUUCUUUGUAUGGCCUGGCAAUUCAGUGUUGCAACUCAGAUAUGUGCAAUARAGACAUAAGACCCACAUACAUACCACACAGUACAACAACAGUACCACCCAAAGUUCAUAUUAAUUCUGUACCUUACAUAGCAUUUAUGUUGUCAAUGAUUAUCUGUCUCCUAGUAUCUGUAAUCAUCAUAGGUUGGAUAUACCUUAGGUAUAGAAGAAGGGAGAAAAAUCGGCUGUAUGCUUUAACUUCUACAGACAGCUAUAUCACUGGCAACAGUAAUUUGUUGCAAACGCUUAUUGGUCAUUCAUCUGGUUCUGGUUCCGGGAUUCCACUACUUGUUCAAAGAACAAUUGCUAAACAGAUCGUAAUAGAACGACAAAUUGGAGAGGGUAGAUUUGGUAAAGUAUGUUUAGCUAACUGGAGAGGUGCACAUGUGGCCGUGAAAAUUUUUACUACUAUUAAUGAUCAAAGUUGGCUACGAGAAACAGAAAUAUACCAAACUGUUUUACUUAGACACGAUAACAUUUUAGGUUUCAUCGCUGCUGAUUUGAAAGUCAGUGUUGGAGGUGCUCAGAUGAUGUUAAUCACAGAAUAUCAUAAACGUGGUUCUUUACAUGAUUUUUUGAAAGAGAAUACUAUAGAUACUGCUCAGCUAGUUGUAAUGGCUCGAUCAAUAGCUAGUGGCUUAGCACAUUUACACGAGCCAAUCAAUGGAACUCACGGCAAACCAUGUAUUGCCCAUAGAGAUAUUAAAUCGAGAAACAUUUUGGUCAAGACUGAUGGAGAGUGUUGUAUCGCUGAUUUUGCUUUAGCUGUUCGAUAUGAUAGUCGAAGAAAUGAAAUUGACAUUGCUCCCAACUCAAGAGUAGGCACAAGACGUUAUAUGGCUCCUGAAGUAGUCAAUGACACUAUUGAUGUGACUUCAUUUAGUGCAUUUAAAUCUGCAGAUAUGUACUCAGCAAGUUUAGUGUUUUGGGAAUUGUGUAGAAGAAGCAGACAAAGUUGGCCAGUUGGAGGAUCACCUAUGCUUCAAGCUGAUGAAUAUAUGUUGCCUUAUGCUAAUCUGGUUGGCUCUGAUCCUUCUGUAGAUGACAUGCGCUUAGUAUUGGUAGUCCAAGGAGCUAGACCAGAUAUACCUAUUAGAUGGAAAUGUGAUAAUAGAUUGAGAGUGAUAUCAGAAAUCAUUCAAUUUUGUUGGCAUCAAAAUCCGAAUGUAAGAUUGGCCGCAUUGAGAGUUAUGAAGACACUGCGCAAACUUGAGGACAGUGAAACCUUAGAAAAUGGUAUUCAUCAUGUAUAAUACAGAAUAAAUUUAAUUUUGCAGCAAUUAAAGCUGACGUUUAGAAUUUUAUAUUUUUGCCAAGACUGUGUAGAUAGGAUUAAAUUUAAUAUUACUAAAUUGCUAUUGUCGACUUUAAAUGAACAACAAUUAUGUUUUUUCAUCAGUUGAUCUACUUAACAUUUAGCUUAUAAAUGUGUGCCAUUAAUGUGUUAUAGCAUUGUAAAUAAUUUUUUUAUCCUUAAGAUUAUUUUGUGUUUUUUAUAUUACAGUUAUACAGUAGAAAUUGAUUUUAU